GGCCGCCGGCCCUCCGCCGCCGCCGGGCCCCGCGCCCCGCCGCCGCUCGGCCUCUGCGCGCUGUCCCGGAGCGGCACCCGGCUGCCAGACAUGACCGCCAUCAUCAAAGAGAUCGUCAGCAGGAACAAAAGGCGCUACCAGGAGGAUGGCUUCGACCUGGACCUGACCUAUAUUUAUCCAAACAUAAUUGCUAUGGGUUUUCCUGCAGAGAGGCUUGAAGGAGUGUACCGGAACAAUAUUGAUGAUGUAGUAAGGUUUUUGGAUUCAAAGCAUAAAAACCAUUACAAGAUAUACAAUCUAUGUGCUGAAAGACAUUAUGACACCGCCAAAUUUAACUGUAGAGUUGCACAGUACCCUUUUGAAGACCAUAACCCACCACAACUUGAGCUCAUUAAACCUUUUUGUGAAGAUCUUGACCAAUGGCUAAGUGAAGAUGACAAUCAUGUUGCAGCAAUCCACUGUAAAGCUGGAAAGGGACGAACUGGUGUAAUGAUAUGCGCAUAUUUGUUGCAUCGAGGCAAGUUUUUAAAGGCUCAAGAAGCUCUAGAUUUCUAUGGGGAAGUAAGGACCAGAGAUAAGAAGGGAGUAACAAUUCCCAGUCAGAGACGCUACGUGUACUAUUAUAGCUACCUGUUAAAGAAUCACCUGGAUUACAGACCAGUGGCACUGCUGUUUCACAAGAUGAUGUUUGAAACAAUUCCCAUGUUCAGCGGUGGAACUUGCAAUCCUCAGUUUGUGGUGUACCAGCUAAAGGUAAAGAUAUUCACCUCCCCUUCAGGACCCUCAAGACGUGAAGACAAGUAUAUGUACUUUGAAUUCCCUCAACCCUUGCCGGUAUGCGGUGAUAUCAAAGUGGAGUUUUUCCACAAACAGAACAAGAUGUUGAAAAAGGACAAAAUGUUUCACUUUUGGGUAAAUACAUUCUUCAUAGGACUGGAUGAAAAUUCAGACAAAGUAGAAAAUGGAAGUCUAGUUGCAGAUCAGGAACUUGAUGGUAUUUUCAGUACAGAGCGCUCAGAUAAUGAUAAGGAAUAUUUAAUCCUUACAUUAACAAAAAAUGAUCUAGACAAAGCAAAUAAAGACAAAGCCAACAGAUAUUUCUCUCCAAACUUCAAGGUGAAGCUAUUUUUCACAAAAACAGUAGAAGAGCCAUCAAAUCCAGAGGCUAGCAGUUCAACUUCUGUAACACCAGAUGUUAGUGACAAUGAACCUGAUCAUUAUAGAUACUCUGACACCACUGACUCUGAUCCAGAGAAUGAACCUUUUGAUGAAGAUCAGCAUACGCAGAUUACAAAAGUCUGAAUAUUUUUUUUAUCGGAGAUAAACCACGAGGAGUGACAAACUUGAAUAAACUGAAAAAAGGACCUUUUUAAAUGGCAAUAGGACAUAGUGUCAGAUUACCAAUUAUAGGAACAACUCUUUCCUGACCAAUCUUGUUUUGCCCUAUAAAUCUACAGGGUUUGACACUUGUCCAGUUGAAUAAAAAAGGUUACGUAGCUCUGAUAUGUAUAUACCUUUUUGUGUCAAAAGGACAUUAAAACUUCAAUUAGGAACUAUAAAGAUGGCACUUUCCCAUUUUAUUCCAGUUUUAUAAAAGUGGAGACAGACUUAAUGUGUAUACGUAGGAAUUUUUCCUUUUGUGUUCUGUCACCAAACGAAGUUUUGAAAAAACACGAUUAUACAGGUUCACAUCCUGCCCCUUUUUUUGCACUUAUGUGGCAACAGAAAAGUCUGCAGUUGGCUGAGAGAUGUUUCUAGAAGGUUUUACUACAUUCUAAUGCAUGUAUUUUGGAUGGGGGAUGGAAAGUAAUGCUCAGAAAGGAAUAUAGUCUGCUGGAGCUUGGCCUGUGUACCAUAUCCGGCUAUUUACAAUUUACAUGCACCUUUCUUUAGCAUGCUACCAUAAUUCAUCCUGGACAAUUGAAGAGUCGCCGCUGUCACUGCUUGUUGUUUGUGCAUUUUAUUUUUUUAAGUGUAAUGGUGCUAGAAAAGGCAGCUAGAAGGAGUGAUUCUGUAUAGGGGUACAGGAAUGAACCUUUACAACAUCCUAAAGACCCACAAAUGAAGGGAGAAAAAUUAUUGGGGUCACAGAAAGGAAACACAGCAACAAUGACUUAACCAUAAAAAUGUGGAGGCUAUCAACUAAAAUAUGGGCUUGAAACAAAUUGUUAGAAAAUUUGACAAUGAUUUAUUAAUUGUUCUUUUUCUGAAUUUUAAUGGCUGUUCCAUCUCCUGUGUAAUCAAGGCCAGUGCUAAAAGUCAGAUGCUAUUAGUACAUACAUUAGUCAACACCUUACAUUUAUGUUACUAGCUUUUCAAUCAUAUUCCUGCUGUGAAUACUUCAUGUGCUGCCUUGCAAGCUAUUUUCUCGUUAAUAUAAAAUAUGUUGUGGUGCACAGGAAAUUUCAAUUGGAGAUUCUUCAGGUUAGUGUUUGUUUUUAAGAUUUAUGAUGCAUUUAUUCAAUCAAACCUCAGUCAGCUGUUCCACCCCUUUGACCUUACACAUUCUAUUACAAUGAGUUUUGCAGUUUUGCACACUUUUCUAAAAAUGUCAUUAACUGUUGGGGGAAUUUUACUUGAAUACUCAGUACUUACGAUGUUUUUUUAAAAAAAGACAUUACAGAGGAGACUAGCAUUGCCGUGAAUUCUCAACACUGCACAUACAUGAAUACACGUAUUUUAAAAAGCAGAAAUUGCCCCAAAUACAUUGUUUGUCAUUAAAAAAACACAAGUCAAC